AUGGUGGGUGAGCUGAAAGAAUAUGUAUUUAAAUUAGAAGUAAAAAAGAAGCAGUUGGAUUACCCUUCAAAGAUAGAAAAAGAGUCAUCGGUGUCACAGCCCGCGCAACAACGUGGUGGUUUUCGGAAAUUGUUAAUGAAAAUUAGUGAAAAAAUCGGUACUGCAGAAAAAACCGAAUAUACUAAGCAUUUUAGUGAUUUGUGCAAGGAAUUAGACGACUAUCGUGUAAAUAUCUAUGUGAUUAUUGAAGAUAUUGCGCAGCAAAUGAUUUCUAUACUACAGCAAGAUCCGCGCUAUGUGCCAAAACCACCAGGAAAAAUGGAAAUAGCUGCUCCAUUACAUUCAGAUCCUUUUGAAUUACUGGAACCAGUGCUAAAAACAACUGAAGAUCAUAUGGAUUUCAAAGAAGAACUAAGGCAGAUUCAAAAUUCAUCUCUAAGACUUGCAUUAUUGCAUCGUGAAUUCCAACAAAAAUGUAGACGUGCAAUACAUUGUAUUCGCACAUUUAUUAAUGUUGACUACGAGAAUAUUCGAGAUGAAAGAAACACACUCGAGAAGUUUCGUCAAGAACUCGAUUAUGCAAAAUAUGAAUUAAAAGGUGCCAAAACACCUGAAACCAUUCAAGUAAAUAAUGCUCUCUACGUCAAUGCGCUUAAAAAUUUCGAAAAACAAUUGCACGAUACAGAGGAUUUGCUGAAAAAAUUGCCUGAAGCUCGAGAAAAGCACCGUAUAGAAAUACUUAAAUUUUUUCAGGUAAUGAAGAAGUACCAUCAGGAUUGUGCUGAGGCAUCUGUUUUGAACUAA